AUGGAGUCUGAACCUCCUUCUGACGGUGCCUGCCUCUUCCCCACCCGGAGCCAUGGCCACGACCGUGGCGGGGAUAGUCGGCAACUCAACGCAACACAAGUCGGGUGUGAUGCUUACCGGGAGGUGGCAGGGUAUUGUGACGAACACGGGGUGGAGAUUGGUCGUCUUUUAAUGGGAACAUGGGCUAUCAUCCUGAAGCAGUUCACAGACACUGAAACAAUCCAUAUGGGCUUCCAAAAGACAGCCAAGGCGUGUGAAAUCGGCGCCAAAAGCCGUAUGGAAGUAGCCUCAAGCUCUUUUGGCCGAGAUACUCCGCUGAGAGAGCUGCUGGACAGUGGCCGAUGGACGACAGCAGAAGCUGAGACUGCGUCGUUCAACACCGGCGUGGCGAUGUGUUCUCAAGGAAUAGUGCCGACCACAGAAGGCAUUUCAGUGACGGAAGAGAACAAUACGUGUGAUGUCGUUCUUGCAUGGCAAGCGGGAAGCUCUAGUGGGCCACCAGGAUUAUGGAUACGGUACAAAGCCGGCGUCCUUUGCAGCGAGUCCGCUGUCCAUGUGGCGGAUUCAGUAUCACAUAUUAUAACUUGCAUUAUCCAGGGAGAGGCACUGGACAACAGCAGUGCAAUAUCUGGCUUUAGCAUGAACCAACGAGCCAAGAUAAAUGAAUGGAACACUGACAAGGCCGGCAGUCGCGCAUCGAGCCCUUCAUUGCACGCUGCGAUUCACCAACGAUACAUGGAGGACCCAGAAAAGCCCGCAAUCUGCUGGCUGGACGGAAAGCUCACCUACUCGGAGUUGAUGGAUGCCUCCCGCAGGUGGGCGUUCAAGCUGCAGGAGCUCGGAGCCGGGCCUGGCGCGAUGGUUCCGGUCUGUUUCGAAAAGUCGCUCUGGGCGAUUGUCGCCAUGCUGGCCAUUAACCGAGUUGGAGCGGCAUUCGUGCCUCUCGAUCCUUCGCAUCCACCGGACUACCUGAGCGGGAUCAUUGGCAUGGUGAACCCGCCGCUGAUCCUCGUGUCUCCGCUGCAAGAGAAACUCCUGGGGCGUAUCCUUCCCUGCAGCCUUGUGGUAGACGAGGCAUCGACCGGAGAGCUCCCACAUUACGGGACGGGUACGUUUCUCGCGGGGGCGUCAGAUUAUGCUGCGGACCCGGCAUACUGUCUUUUCACCUCUGGCAGCACAGGCACCCCCAAGGGCUGCGUAGUGAGCCAUGCCGCACUGGCCAGCGUGGCCGGGCAUACAACUGCGCUACAUCUCGACCGAUCUAGCCGCGCCCUCCAAUUCGCAUCAUUCAGCUUCGGAGUGUCGCUGAUCGAGGUCUGGUGCACCCUGUGUGCUGGCGGCACCGUAUGCAUACCGUCCGACGCUGACCGUUUGGACCGCCUGGCCACCACGAUUAGCAUGUUGCAAGCGGACUGGGCCGUCCUCACGCCGACCAUCCUCGACUUGCUGCAACCUGAAACUGCCCCUGGUCUAAAGACUAUCGUGGUAGCCGGUGAACCUCUGAGGGAUGCGCAGAAGUCACUCUGGGUCGGAUAUACCCAGCUCUUCCAGGCAUACGGACUCACCGAAUGGGCCGGCACAUUCAGCGUCUCUCCGCAGAUCCGCGCAGAUGAUAAAUCCGCCAGCAUUGGGGCACCAGUUUGUGGCUCAGCCUGGCUGGUCGACUCCCAUGACCCCGAUCAGCUGGUGGCGAUUGGUGUCGUGGGAGAACUGGUUAUUGAAGGGCCCAGUCUCGCACAGGGAUACCUGCAGAACCCGCAUAAGACGGCGCUGAGCUUCAUAACCGACCCUGCAUGGGCGCUGGACGAAAGCAUCUCGCAGCAGCGGAAGAGGAGGUUCUAUAGAACUGGGGACCUGGCAUUCUACAACAGCGAUGGUUCACUUCAGCAUGUCGGCAGGAAAGAUCUACAGGUCAAGAUCCGGGGCCAGCGGACCCCGUUGAGCGUGAUCGAGCAUCACCUCGCGCACGGGGAUCCAUCCUUUUCAGGGGCAGUUGUAGAUGCUAUAACGCUGGCAAAUGAGGAUCAGCUUCGUCUUGCUGUAUUCGUCCCACAUGCAGAAAAGGCAGUCAGACCUGGACAACCUCAGGAAGAGGGGAGACAAAAGUCCCUUUUUGGUGUGCCGGAUAUGGCAUUCACGGCCAAGACGAAGGCUGUGAAGAGGAGAUUAACGGACCAGCUGCCCCGUUAUAUGGUUCCAGACAUUUUUCUUUGCGUAGACCAUCUGUCGGUGACAGUCACUGGUAAGAUAGCCCGACGACAGCUGCGUGACCAGGCGAGCAAUCUGUGUAUCGAGGAGCUCGCAGCCCUAACUGGCCUGGCCAUUGCAGGCAGCGAUACAGGGCCCAAUACACCAAAGGAACGGGCAAUACGUGAUCUCGUUACGCAAGUGCUGAGCCUUCCACCGCACCUGGUAAGGAUGGACUACACCUUCGUUGGCCUCGGAGGGGAUUCGGUUCUGGCAAUGAAGAUGGCUGCCUCGGCGCGACAGCGUGGACUGGCCAUCUCUGUCAAGGAUAUAUUUGAUGCGCCGAGCAUUCGAGCCCUGGCCGCAAACGCAAAGACCUCCUUGCAACCGACAACUCGUGGUGGUGCAAUCCCGCCGUUCUCGCUGGUAGAGACCGAAGCCAUAAAGACGAUUACACAGACAGCAGCGGAGCUCUGCCAUGUUUCUACGCAGGACAUUGAGGACAUACUCCCAUGCACGCCAUUACAGGAGGGAAUGAUGGCAUUGGGGCAGACCAACCCGGGGACAUACGUGGCUAGAUUCAUCUGCCAGAUUAACCAGGAAGUGGACGUUGACCGUCUACGCUCGGCGUGGGCCACAGUGGUCGCUGCCAAUUCAAUUUUACGCACGCGAAUAAUUCAGACGCCAGGGAAUCGUAUGCAUCAAGUCGUUAUCAAGGAAGAGAGCCCGCAGUGGGAUACGGACCACCAGUGGCACGACUAUCUAGAUAACGGACGGUACACUGAAAUGAAGCUGGGGGGACCACUAGUCCGUGGUGCUCUGCUCAAAGGCCCAGAAGAUCCUCUAGCAGUGUAUCUAGUUCUGACAAUGCAUCACUCGGUGUGUGACCGCUGGUCGGCUGGUAUUUUUCUGGACGCACUGCAGGCCGCAUUCGAAGGAGAGACCAUCGAGAAGAGCUCGUUUGCUGCGUUUACGAAGUACAUCAGCGACUCUCCGCAAAGCCAGGCCCGGGAAUUCUGGGUCAAGGAGUUUGCAGGCCUGGAAGCAGAGGUUUUCCCAGCCUUGCCAUCGCAAGCCCAUCAUCGGCCACGUCCGUCGGAGUCGCUCCAUCUCCAGGUCACCACAGAGCCGCCGACGGGUGCGACAAUGUCUAGUUUCAUUCGGCUCGCGUGGGCCCUCGGCAUCAGCCAAUACACUGCUACGACUGAUACAGUGUUCGGCGUGACGGUGACGGGGCGAAAUGCGCCGAUAGAUGGCAUUGAGAAGCUACCUGCGCCCACGAUUAGCACUGUUCCUCUCCGCGUGCAGAUAGAUCUCAACCGCACGGUGACAGAGGCAGUGGCAGCUGUACAGCAGAAAGCAAGCGAGAUGAUCCCGUUUGAACAGACUGGCCUGCAGAACAUCCGCAGAUACAGCCGGGAGGCCUCAGACGCUUGCGAGUUUCAAAGCCAUCUCGUCGUGCAGCCAGCGUGGCGUGAUAACGCUCAAUCAGGCGGGAAUGUCCUUCGCCUGGUGGAAGACGGCGCCUCCGUGCAGGGGGGGUUUGCGUCGUAUGCCAUUGUCUUGCUCUGUAGCCUUACAAGCACAUCCAAUAUACACGUCACGGCCGAGUUCGAUCCGGACGUCAUCCGGCCGAGUAUCAUGCAGCAUAUCCUCGAGCACUUUCGGCAUGUGUUACAGUAUCUGAUUGCCCAUCCGGGCGCUCAACUGAGAGAUAUUUCCCUAGGCGCGUUCGACACGGCAGCUAUCAGGAGAUGGGGCACUGCUGCGCCUGAGAUCCAACCCGAAUGUGUCCAUGAAGUCAUACAGGAACGUGUUGCUGAAUCACCGAGCGCGUGCGCGGUGGACGCGUGCGAUGGUAGGCUAGCAUAUGCCGACCUGAAUGGAAUGUCCACCCGGUUAUCAAUUCAGCUCAGCAUGCAAGGAAUCAAACGGGAGACCCUCGUUCCGCUGUGCUUUGAGAAGUCCCGGUGGGCGGUAGUUGCAAUCCUGGCCGUAAUGAAGGCCGGCGCAGCGUUUGUGCUUUUAGAUCCCUCGCAGCCACUGCAGCGUCUACAGGAUAUCUGCAGCCAGGCUGAUUCACCUCUCGUUCUAGCGUCAGAGAAGAAUGCAGCCUUUGCCGCUAGUCUCAAGUCGACUGUUGUCGUCGUCAGCCAAGGGACGCUGCAUGAGCAUCCCCUCUGUCUUGAGCAGCACAGAAGCCCUGUUAUCGACCCCAGCACGGCCCUCUACGUUGUCUUCACGUCCGGAUCUACCGGUACCCCCAAGGGCGUUGUGAUCGAGCACCGGUCCUACCAUGCUGGGACCAAGUUCCACAAUAAGGGGCAUCGUAUGUGUCCGCAGUCCCGGGUCUUGCAGUUUGCUUCAUACGCAUUUGAUACCAGCAUCAUUGAGAUGGUGAGUACACUGAUGGCGGGCGCCUGUGUUUGCAUUCCCUCAGAUCACGACCGUGAAAACAGACUGGCUCAGGUGGUUGAGGAACUUGCCGUCACUCACGCGUACUUGACACCGUCAGUGGCCCGGGUUCUGGCUCAGUCCUGCAUACACCCCUUCGAGGUGCUCAUCCUGGUGGGCGAGCCGAUGGCGGCCUCGGAUAUUUCGCACUGGACCCAGCACGCGCAGCUGAUGAAUGAAUAUGGACCGGCUGAAUGCUCUGUCUGCGCAACGCUUAACCAUGAGGUGGGCCUCGGGUCCGAUGCUCGCGAUAUCGGGACCGGAGUUGGUGCCGUAUGCUGGGUUGUUGACCCCGAAAACCACGACAGACUAAGGCCUGUUGGAGCUCCGGGUGAGCUGCUGAUUGAGGGCCCGAUUGUCGGGCGUGGGUACCUGGGCAAUCCAACGUUGACAGCGGAGAAGUUCUUGGAUACCCCCCCUGCCUGGCUCCACGACAUCAGACCGGACGGUGCACGAAACCGCUUUUACAAGACUGGCGACCUGGUGCGAUAUCAAGGGGAUGGAUCGCUGCAUUACAUCGGCAGAAAUGACACGCAGGUCAAGCUGAGAGGCCAGCGUGUUGAGCUGAGCGAGGUGGAGAAUGGCGUCCGGUCCUGUAUGACGGAGAUAGUCGAUCUGGUUGCCGAGACAUUCGUCCCCAGAGGAGCAGCCCAGGGCCAGGCCUGUCUUGUUGCGUUUGUCUGCACCGAGGUUCAAGGGCAAGGCAUCACAGACACACACCCAUUUGCAUCAGUCACGGAUGAAUUCCACGCCCAGGUCCGCAAGUGUCUAGAGGAUCUGGACAAGUUCCUUCCGCGCUACAUGAUACCGGACGUCUUCAUUCCCUUGCAGCAGAUUCCAACCAAUGUCUCUGGAAAGGCAAACCGCCGCCUGCUACGCGAGCUCGGUGCAAAGCUGUCCUGGCUUGAGCUGGCUACCUACCAGCCAAAAGCAGAAGACCGACGGACGACCAUGACCAGCUCAGAGAAGGCACUGCGCGAUACAUGGGCCCCUGUUUUGAACAUGCGCGCCGAGGAUAUUAGCGUCAGCGACAGCUUCUACCAUCUGGGCGGCGACUCGAUGAGCGCAAUGCAGGUGGUCGCGCUGGCACGAUCCAAGGGACUGCUUACCUCUGUCCAGGACAUAAUACAGCACCGAAGUAUCGCAAAAAUAGCCCAGCAUAGGCAAAGUACUGAUCACCAAGUACCCCAGCUGGAGGAAGUACCCGGAACUCCCUUCGGGCUGUCGCCGAUCCAGAAAAUGUUCUUCGAUAUGCAGCCUGACCCCCGGCAGAAGUUCAAUCAAUCCUUCCUGCUGCGCCUGUCGUCGACGAUCACAGGCAAAGACCUGGACUGCGCGGCGCGAGCGGUAGUGACGAGGCACAGCAUGCUUCGAGCGCGUUUUGAACAGAAGCCGGAUGGACGAUGGAGCCAGCGAGUGAUGCCUACUGCUGCUGGAUCCUACCGUUGCCUCGUCCAUACCGUGCCCAACGCCGGCGAAUGGGGGGGUAUAGUUGCGGCGGCCCAGGAUGCCAUAAACAUCGAAAGGGGCCCCCUUUUCUGCCUUGAUCUAAUCAAUGCCGUGGGCGAUGAGGUCCAGUACCUGCACCUUGUCAUACACCUUCUGGUGACCGAUCUGGCGUCCUGGCGGAUUAUAUUCUCCGACUUGGAGGCAGAGCUGCGCAGUCCCAGCGCAACAGCCACGGUGAACCUAACCCGCCCACUCUCAUUCCAGGUCUGGUGUGCGUUGCAGGAGCAGUACACCCGGAACCAUUUGCAUCCUGCCACGGUGCUGUCGCCAGAGGCAAUGAGUCGGGCCUCGUGGGAUCCCCGGCCCUUUUGGGGAGUUGCCGACUGCACGAACGUGAUGGGAGACAGAACGGUAGAGCAUUUCACGGUGGACAGCGACUUGACGCAGCAACUGCUGGGCCCCAUGAACGACCCUUUGGACACGCGUCCAGAGGAGCUAUUCCAUGCAGUUCUGCUCUCUGCAUUCGUCCGCGUCUUUCCAGGUCGCAGCGAAGGCCCGGUCUUCGGCGUGGAAGGGCAUGGCCGGGAGCCGUGGGACGCCGGCACAGACUUAUCUGAGACUGUGGGAUGGUUCAGCACUAUCUACCCCAUGUCUGUCCCUGUAAGCCAAAGCAUGAGCAUCAUCCAUGUUAUACGGGCCGUCAAGGAGACGCGCCGCGCAGUUCCGCCGCGCAAAUGGUGGGCAUACUUCACCUCCCGGUAUCUGCACCCUGAAGGACCAAUGACGCUCGGAUUGAGGCACCCAAUGGAGAUCGUCCUCAAUUACGCUGGGCAUUACAAGCAGCUGCAGCGUGAAGAUUCCCUCUUUAUCUCGGAUCACCAUAGCGUUCUCGGACCGCUGAGCCCUGGAGAUGGGAUCCAGCGAAUCGCUCUGUUCGAUAUCAACAUAACUGUGCGCGGCGACUGCCUCGACUUCGAAUUCAUCUACAACCGGCGCAUGAGCCACCAGCAGCAGAUCAAGGACUGGAUCGGGGCAAGUAGAGAGGGCCUCGCUGACGCCUGUAGGACAUUGGCGGCAUACUAG